AUGGACGUGCCAGUGGACGACGCUCCGGGCCAUGACGGCGCCACCAGAACCGCCGCCUCGACCUUUGCCUUCGUCGUACCAACAGCAUCCCCUCCCCCUAACAACAACAACAACAACAACAACAACAACAACAACAACAAUCCCUCUUCUAUUCAUGUCCAGCCCGAAAACACCACGUCUCCUGCUGCCUCGUCCAUGUCGGGCGCGUUCGACGACUCGGCUGCGUCGCUCGCUGGCAGGAAGCGCAAGGCCGCCAGUAGCGCCAGCUUGCGCGGCGUCGCAAAUCUAACCCCGGACCAGCUCGCCAGGAAACGCGCAAACGACCGCCAGGCCCAACGCGCAAUUCGCGAGCGCACAAAGACGCAGAUUGAAGCAUUGGAAAGCCGCGUUCGCGAACUGUCCUCGCAGCAGCCCUACCAGGACCUGCAGAAGCUGGUGGCGGAAAAGGACAGGAUACUGGCUGAGAACGAGGAUAUCAGACGCCGUCUGUCGACUGUCUUGGGUAUUUUGCAGCCGCUAGUGGACAAGCCUACGAGCAAACCGCCAUCGAGCAGCACCCCGUCCGCUCAGCCAGAAGCAGCGCAUCCAUCACCCUUCACCGACCGAAGCCAUGAUACCCCUAUUAGCGUCGAGUCGGCGCCAUUGGACGCGCAGGACUCAACUCUCAACGCCGCCUCUCCCACUCAAGGCGUUAUUCAAGGCUGGCAGAGACUGGAUGCCGCAAGCCUUGUGAAUUCGAGCACGACACAGCCGCGUCUUCCAUACAAUGGGUUCGGCGAAAAGUUGAUUAUGAACUUUCUAGUUGAUAACCCACACCAGAUCCCAAAGAUUGAUGACCUCCGCAAAAUCUCCGAGGCGCCUCACAGCUCCAUCGACCCCCCUUCAUCCAUGGAUUUUUCCACCAUGACCGACCAACCUCUAGCACAUACGAUUCCGAUCCGCAACGUACCCCCUACUUGUCCGCUGGACACCAUCUUUCUAGAUUUUUUGCGGCGCGAAACUCCCGACGGCUCUCGGCAGCGCCUGGCCUAUCCAAGCGUAUCCUCGCUUUUGAACCCGGCCGGAGACAGUCCGUAUUCGUACUCGAUAUCCAAAGUGUUCAGUGACAUCCUCCGCACAUUCCCCGACAUUUCCUCUCUGCCCGAGCAGGUGGGCACUCUGUACAUUAUGUUCCAGCUGAUGCGCUGGCAAAUGUACCCAACACAGCAAAACUACGAUCGCAUGCCAGAAUGGCUAACCCCGCGACCUGCACAACUAUUCACGCCUCAUCCAGCCUGGAUAGACUAUAUUAUGUGGCCUCGCGCUCGCGACCGACUGGUAUACUCAUAUCGCAACUAUCCCUUUGAAAACUGGUUCGUUCCAUACACUCGAACCAUUUCCUGCAACUGGCCAUACGAGGCCACGGACUGCCUUAUGCACAACACGGCCUCGGACGAACUGCUGAUAAAUCCGGUCUUUGAGCGCCAUGUACGCGAUCUGAGAAAUUGGAGUCUUGGGACCGAAUUCGCAGAGACGUUUCCAGCCUUGGUUGACGUUGUGAGGAUUAAACCCGAUAAACGGUCGUCAUAA